GAUGGCGGACGACCUGGAUGCGUUGCUAGACGAAGUAGAGAACAAGUUCUGUCGUCUCUCGAGGCGGGAUUACUCGGAACGGCUCCGAGCCAGCCAGGGGCGGAAAAGGGACCGCCUUCUCGAGAAGGAAGAAGAAGCGGAAGCAGAGGCAGCCGCCGCGGGGGAGAGAGCCAGAUUUACCAAAAUAUUGACAAAAGGAGCCAAUGAAGAAGAGGAUAUUGAUGAAAUAAUUAAGGAUAUAGAUGAAAGUACUUAUAUCAGAAAUUUCACAAAACAAACUCCUAGAUUAUUCUGCUCAUCAUCUGAAAAUAACAAUACCUCCAUUCAAACCCUUGGUAAGAAAUGUUGCCCAGUAUACCUUGGUGGAAGCACCGCACCAUAUGGUAUUGGAACAAAUAUUUCACAGAGAACUUGUGAUCAGUUACGUUGCACUGCAUGUGACUUCCGUGUUUUGCAUUAUAAUGACUAUCAAUGGGACAAAUCGUGUGAUUACCUCUUUUUUAGGAAUAACAUGCCUGAAUUCAGCAAGUUGAAAACAAAGAUGCUAAUGAAGAAGGGAUCACGGGCCUAUGCCUGCCAAUGCACUUGGAGAUCUAUAGAUGAAUUAACAGAUCUCACUAUGGACCGACAGCUCCGUUGGGUUUGUAGCAAACAUAUUGGCUGAUGUUGGCUUACUUUCUGCAGUGUCCACAUCUGUAUGAAAAUCAUCUGUUCAUUGCUUGGCACCAUGUAGGGUGCACCAAGGAUGUUCUAUGUUUAUACUGCUGUUCCAGUAUAAAGUGAGCAUUUUGCCUCAAAAGCUUACUAAUUUGGCUCUACAUGCUCAGAGGCUUCCUUCUAAUUGCUGAUAGAACCAAGCUAGCAAAAUUGUUUUAGUUAAAGGUUACGUUGAUAAAGGUCUUUGGAUUUGAUAGCUCCUUCAAUGAAUACCAACAAAAGAAUAAUAAAACUGAAAAGAAAGAAAAGACGUGAAAUAAAAUCCUAAUUCUUUGACUAGAGCACUAGUUUAACAUAAAAAGGCUGUUAUGGUGUUUGAAAUUUAAAAUAUUCAGACACAAUAUAUUUCAAAGGAGAUUCUGACAAUUCUGUUUUUAUCCAACUGUUGUUAUAGUCAAAUUAAUGCAAACCUGCAGCAGUAUUAUCCUAAAACGUGUAUGAGAAGCUGAAUUAUACAAUUAAAAUAGGCUAGUUGAAACUGACAGGAAGACACUGUAGAUCAAAAAUUCUGAACAGCAUAAAUGCUAGAUACAAACUUUAUUCAUAAUGUUGUUUCAGUGCAUACACACAUGGAAGUAAGUCCCACUGGCACUUGCUUCCACGUAAACAUGCAUUGAAUUGGGCUAUAUAGUGUUUAUGGUCAUCUCACUAUUUGGUCAUCUUGCAAAGUUUUUCUAAUAAUGAGCAUUAGUAGCCAAAAGGUUUUCUGAAAUAAUAUUUUGAAUCAGCUAUUCUUUGUGAAAGGCACAAGUAUGCAUAAAAUUACAUGGAGGAUGAUUUCAUCUUACAGUUGCUAUACAGCAUUUAAGCUAAUCACAUUUGAGCGCUUUGUUUUAAAAUCAAAAUAUUAUAUAAAGGUUGUCCUGACUUACUGUAUCUGUUUUCCUCUUAAAAAAUAAUUGCAUUAUGAUUUGUUGAGUUAUAAUGACCUAAUGUGUCCUAAAUGUAAUUUUUGUUUAAAUAUUGUUUUUUCAACUUGUAAUAUGUUACAUCAUCCAAUAAUAUGCUCAUUUUUCUGUGGCACUGAAAAUUUAAAAAUGGAUUGUAAUUUAAAGAUUUAUAACAGGCCUGUAGUACACCAAGUGACUGAAAUAACAUGCUAAAACAAUAGCUGUUGUUCAUUAUCAGAAACACAUUAAACACAAAUAGGUACCAUUGAUUUCAGCUUUUUUAAUAGUAUGGCAUAUGUUUAGAAUUAUAGCACAAAAAAAUUUGGUAUUGUAAUACAAAUUAUACAAAUAAAAUCUGUUUAGAAUCAUACUACAGAUAAAUUAAUAGUUAAAACUACCACGUGGAAAUCAGCCCAUCAGAUUUUUUUUUCUGUAAUGCUACAAUAAUUAAAGUAUAUUCUUGGUAUAUUCAAGUAAAAUUAUUCUGUUCUUAUCAGUUGCUUAAUUCAUUUUCGUUUAUUGGCCCUGAUGAUACGGUAUUAUUUAGGUUAUAGAAUGUUCUAUAUAACUGCACUAUUGUUAAUAA